AUGCCAGCUUUUAGGCGGGCGUCUUCCAAGAAUGAGGACGAGGCGUAUACAGAGGGAGUCUCCAAAACGAAACGGCAGAAAGGCAACUCGGGAAGGGUCAUAGUCCCCUCUCCAAACAUGCGUGUCACAAGGGCAUCCAUGUCACUCGACGGCCUGCUAGAUCUGUUUCAAACUGGAAUAGAAAGCCGUACGUCUGAUGACCCAGCAAACGACCUGGAGGAAGCCAGUUAUUUUGAACGUUUUGUGGGUUCCGUGCUGCCAGAGUGUUUGGAAGUGCGCUGCCGGGUACAAGACAGUGAUUGCAGAACGGACAGCUUUGGCACUCUUCUUCGACCUUUGUCUCGCUACGAGGUGUCGGCUGCAAUAAAAUAUGCGUCCGCGUUUGGUGCGGCGGCUCUUCCUUCGCCAGCACACGCAGCUAUAUUGAGAAAGUUGCAACUCCAUCGAGAAAGGCGUAGAACAGAUAUCCAGGGGCUAGACUUUGUCAAUCACAAUUCUUUGACCUCCGUACCCCCUCAAUUACCGCCUCAGCCGCCACAAUCAGGCAUUUUGAACUCGCUAACUAUCUAUUCGAACGACGCCUUACGAAACGUCUUUCUUAUCACGCCUAUAUCUCCUUGGAUGGAAUUGAUGACAGAUGUGCGAGAACACUACUCGUAUGCGCACCCUACAUCACCUCAAUCACUUGAAGUCCCGGUUCCAAUCCGUUAUGUCUCUCUGCAGCCGUCCCACCUCCAACAGGUACACGAAUUAUUAGCUAGAGUAUUUUGGGAUGGAAUUAAUGUCAGCGACUUGCUUCAGUCUUCCGAGCGUUGCUCGGUGAUCGCCAUGUAUGGAAAAACUGUCAUCGGCGCGGCUCUUUUGAGCUCGCCUCAGGAAACAUACAUCACAUACCUAGCCGUCAGAGCAGGCUGGCAUAAUUGUCAAAUAGCAACUACUAUGCUAUAUCACCUGAUUAUGCUUAAUCCGCACAGAGAUAUAACACUUCACGUAGCUGCCAAUAAUCCAGCGAUGUUGCUGUACAACAGAUUUGGGUUCAAGGCCGAGGAGUUUAUCACAGGGUUCUACGAAGAUUACUUGGACUCUCAGUCGAGGGCGUCUAUGAAUGCAUUCAGAUUGCGUCUUCGACGAUGA